AUGACAGGUGUAACGUGCAUCAGGGAGGACAGCUCCUGUGACACGGUCAUGUUGUCCAGCAAGGUGGCCAAGGGACAUUUGGGUCAGAGAAGAGAGGAGGAGAGGUCCCCGACAUGGGACAGGACUGACCCUUGCAGAAGCCCAGAUUCCGGGCCAGUCAGCAGUUCGGUUCCGGUGAAGAAACACCACCACAAGCACAGCAUCAAGCACCGAUAUCAGCUUUUAGAGACUUUGGGAAGAGGCACCUACGGCAAAGUGAAGAAAGCCAUAGACAAGAUUACAGGGAUGCUGGUGGCUGUGAAGUCCAUCCAGAAAGACAAGAUCACGGAUGAACUGGACAGGGUGCACCUUCAGCGGGAGAUAGAGAUCACGGCGCUGCUGAAACACGAACACAUCAUUCAGGUCUUCGAAGUGUUUGAGAGCUCAGAGAAAAUCAUCAUCGUCAUGGAGUAUGCCAGCAACGGGGAGCUCUACGACUUCAUUAAUAACAAGCACCAGAUCCCCGAGAGCGAAGCGCGCCGAUUCUUCCGCCAGAUUGUGUCGGCCGUACACUACUGCCAUAAGAACGGAAUCGUUCACAGGGAUAUAAAGUUGGAGAAUAUCCUUCUUGAUGAAAACCUGAAUGUAAAACUUGCAGAUUUUGGACUUUCAAACCUGUAUCAUAAGAGCCGGGUCUUGGAAACAUACUGCGGGAGUCCUCUCUACGCUUCUCCAGAAAUUGUCAAGGGUCUUCCUUACCGUGGCCCAGAGGGUUGAUUGCUGGGCUCUGGGAGUACUUCUCUAUGCUCUGAUCUAUGGAACUAUGCCAUUCGACAACAGCAAUUAUAAAACAUUAGCUGAACAGAUCAGUAGUGGCCAGUACAGACAGCCUCCUCAUCUAUCAGGCGCCUGUGGAUUGAUUGACUGGAUGCUGACAGUAAAUCCAGCCAGGAGAGCAACUAUUGAAGAUAUUGCCAAUCACUGGUGGGUUAAUUGGGGGUACGACACCAUGGUAUGUGACUGCCAUCUUGUACCUGAAUGUCAAUCUCCUCUGUUAGCACGAUACAUCGAAUGUCAGAACACACCUGGUUUCAAAAGCACAAAAACAGAACAAAGCAGAGUCCAUUCCAGGGAAGAUGAAGAAUAUGAAGGCUGCCUCAGAAAGUCCAAAAAGGAAAAUGACAUAAAUCAGUCCCAACAAGAACUUGAACUUAUUGCUUCUCGAAAGAAACCAAAGGGGAUCUUGAAAAAAAGGAGCAGCUUUGACAGCUCAUUAUUAAACUCCUCAAAUUUCUCUGAAAACUUGUCUCAGAAUUGCAUGGAGCUCAGCCAAGAAGUGAAAACCACGUCUGCCUACGAGUCUCACAUAUCAACGAAUGUCGAAUGCACUUUCAACAAGCCGAAAAAAGGAAUUCUAAAAAAGACAUAUGAGAGGGAAUCAGGAUAUUCAUCUUCCCCGGAGAGAAUAACGGCCUCAGAGUGCCAGAAGGCCUACCAUAAAGUAGCAGAAGAAAAAACAAGGUCAGAUAGAUACACAAGGAGGAAAAAGGGCAUUCUCAAAAAGAACGGACGAUUUUCAACCAGUUUGGAUCUACCCGCAGACUGUUCGUCCCUCCGGCUCUCAGACUCCAUGGAAGACUUAAUCUUCCCCACUGCAGAGGCUCCAAAGAGCCCUAGCCGGCCAUCGAGUGUGAUUAGCGAUGACAGCUUUCUCUCCAGCGAUUCCUUUGACCUGCUUGACAUGACUUUUGAAACAAAGUCCCAACUUUUCUCUUACAGCCCGCACACCAGUUUCUACAGUUCUGAGGAUGAUGACACCUUGACGAGCAAGCUUAGGGAGAAGCUUUCCAAUCGAAACCAUAAACUAUAA